AUGGCCUUUCGACGAAUUUGUCUCAUCGGCGGCUCCGGUAAUCUAGGUACUCUGAUCCUCAAACACCUGUUGGCCUCUUCACAAAACUUCCAGGUCACAGUCCUGACACGCCAUUCUUCCCCCGCAAAAUUCCCCGAUGCCGUCACCGUCACCCGCGUCGCUGACGAUUAUCCGAUCGCCGAGCUCACAGACGCCUUCAAGGAUGUCGACGUCGUCAUCUCCGCCAUCUCCAUGAUGGGCAUGCACCAGCAGUACAGUUUCAUCGACGCCUGCAUCGCCGCAAAAGUGAAGCGAUAUUUCCCCACCGAGUUCGGCCUGGACGACUUGCCGGACUGGCUGCUCCAGUUGCGGGAGAUGUUCAAGAUCAAGCACGACGUGCGCGACUACUUGAUCUCCAAGCAAGACACGGGCCUCGAGUGGACCAGUGUUUGCUGCAAUGCCUUCUUUGAGAUGGGCCUCAUCUCUGGGUUUUUCCAGCUGCACUUUGACCAGAAGAAAGCCGUUUUGAUAGACGGCGGCGAGCCCAGAUUCGUCGCCACGACCAUGGAUACCGUCGCUUUGGCCGUGGUCAAGGCGAUCGAGAAGCCCGACGUCUCCAAAAACCGGAUUUUGCUGGUCCAGGAUUUCAGGACCAACCAAAAGGAAAUGUUGGAUGCCGUGCAGCAGAAGAUGCCUGGGUGGCAGGUGGAAAACGUCCAGCACGGACCGUGGCUAGAGCAAGGGAAGCAGGAGGUCAGGAGUGGCGACAACAGCGCGCUGCCAAAAUUGACCUUUGGCACCUUCGCACAAGGCAAUCAGUAUGAAGGGAGGCCCGAGUUUGGAAAUCCGCUGUUGGAUCUGCCGACCAAAUCAUUCUCGGAAGCCAUGGAUAAUUUCUGGAAUGAAUACGAGAGUCGUGCCUAG